AUGGGUUUAUCCUCAUGUUUCUUCUCAUUUAUACGCUUACUUCUUUGGCUCUCAUUAUUUCAUCUUACGCUCCUUGCUCAUUUUACUUCUUCUGUGAAGCCACUCUGUCAUGAUGAUGAGCGUUCUUCCUUGUUACAGUUCAAGGAAAGCCUAAUUAUCAAUAAGUUCGCUUCUAUAGAGCCUUCUGCUUAUCCCAAGGUUGUAUCCUGGAAGGCUGAUAAAGACUGCUGCUCAUGGGACGGUGUCACCUGCAGUGAGAUUACUGGUCAUUUGAUCGAGCUUGACCUCACCAGUAGCUACCUCUACGGUUCCAUCAACUCUAGCAGCAGUCUCUUCCACCUGGUCCAUCUCGAAUGGCUUAGCCUUAGUGAUAAUGACUUCAAUGGCUCCAAAAUCCCGUCCGCAAUCAAGAACCUUUCCAGGUUAUCAUAUCUUAGCUUGUAUAAUUCUAGUUUUUCUGGUCAAAUACCAUGGGAGGUCCUGGAGCUCUCAAAUUUGGAGACCCUUGACUUAACGUUUAAUUUUAACUUAAAGCUCCAAAAGCCUGGUCUAAGAAGCCUAGUUGAGAAGUUAACCUACCUCAAAGUCCUAGCUCUUGGUCAUGUCAAUAUUUCUUCUCCCAUACCUGAUAUCUUGGCAAAUUUAUCUUCGUUGACUACCUUAUCUCUCAAGGGGUGCCAAUUGCAAGGUAAAUUCCCUACAAAGAUAUUCCAAUUACCCAACCUACGCGUUCUCAGCAUGCGGUUCAAUGCAGGUCUCAAUGGCUCUUUGCCAGAAUUUGAAAACAACACCCCCCUCGAGGAAUUGAGACUUGGGAGCACGGGAUUUUCCGGUGAGAUUCCAUAUUCAAUAGGGAAUCUUAAUUCCUUACAGAUCUUGGAUUUAAGUAAUUGCAGUUUUUUUGGAUCGAUUCCGCCUUCACUUGGAAAUCUUACCAAGAUCAGGCUUCUUUACUUAAAUCAAAAUGGAUUUUCAGGUGAGUUGCCAACUGCUAUUGGAAAUCUUUCUUCUUUAGAAGAACUGGAACUUUCUGCAUUGCGUCAUGAUGAUGAGCGUUCUUCCGUUUUUGCAGUUCAACCAAAGCCUAGUUAUCGAUAG